CGUCCCUCAGGUCUUACUUAAGUUGUUGAGGGAAAUACAUAAGGUGCUUCCACAUGAUGAAUCGUCCAGUCCCAUCUAUCUUGGUUGAGCGCCGCUAACUGAUUCACACAUCAUUCGCUUCUGUACCUAGAUACGUACCUACCUAUUACUUCCUUCUCCUGCCAUUCCACUACCUACCCAUCCAUCGCCAUGACUCCUCGUUUCCCCAUCGACGAAGCAGCCGACCCGGCCGCCGGCAAAUUCAUUGAGGAGGCAUUGAACGUGAUGCACAAUGGCCCACCGCCCUUCAAGUGGAAGGAGGAUGACGGCCGCUCGCUGAUCGCGUGCUAUGCUCCGCUGUGCUACACCCCUGAAAUCACCAAGCUGUUCUUCGAGCUCGCCAAAAUCGCAUAUCGACCUGAUAAUGUGAAGCCACGCAACCGGGAGCUCGCCAUUAUGGGGCUUUGCUCGAUUCUCAAUGUCCCUUACGUUGUCUACUCCCACCGCGGCGUGGCUGAGCACGCUGGGUUGACCAAGGAACAGUAUGAUGAGGGCCUAAAAGGCAAGGUGCCGCAGGGCCUGACUGAAGAAGAAGAAAUGGCGUAUCGCCUGGGGAGAAUCCUAACAGUGCAAACCAGACCGUUGGAUGACCAGACUUGGCAGGAAAUCACAGCCAAGGUGAACAAGACCGAGUUUGUAGGCAUCCUACAUGUCAUUGCAGGAUACCGGUGGAUUGCGCUCUUGGAGCAUGCGAAUGGCGAAGACCAGAGAUGGAAAUAAUCUCAAUACGUGUACCUUAGGUAGUUAUACCUAGGUAGCCGCCGUCUUUCAUUUUGCAAUCUGCAAUCACGACCCAGGCGUCAAUAUGGUAUGGUUUGCCGUUGGUUCUAUGGC